CGUAAUCGUAAACACAAGAGAAGGCGCAGACGCAAGGCAAAGAAAAUAGAAAAGAAGUGAAGCGUCGUUUGAUACGUAUCUUUUGGAGAAGCUUAUUUAAAAUUUAAAUAAACAGCAUAUAUUAAUAAAAUGGCCGAUGCUGAUGAUCUAUUAGAUUACGAAGAUGAGGAAAAUCCAGAACAGACCACAACUGAAACUACCACAACAGAGGUUCAAAAGAAAGGUGUGAAAGGGACGUACGUCUCAAUUCACAGCUCAGGUUUUCGAGAUUUUCUUUUAAAACCAGAAAUCCUCAGAGCUAUCGUAGAUUGUGGUUUUGAACACCCUUCUGAAGUUCAGCAUGAGUGCAUUCCUCAGGCUGUUAUUGGCAUGGACAUUCUUUGCCAAGCAAAAAGUGGUAUGGGUAAAACCGCCGUAUUCGUAUUAGCCACUCUCCAACAACUAGACCCGACCGAAAAUGCCGUCUACGUCCUCGUCAUGUGCCAUACGCGUGAGUUGGCUUUCCAAAUUAGCAAAGAAUACGAACGUUUCAGUAAAUACAUGCUCAACAUCAAGGUCGGUGUAUUUUUCGGAGGUCUGCCCAUUCAAAAAGACGAGGAAGUAUUAAAAGCCAGCUGUCCCCAUAUUGUCGUUGGCACGCCUGGACGUAUUUUGGCUCUUGUCAGAUCUAAGAAACUCAAUCUCAAGCAUUUAAAGCAUUUUAUUCUUGAUGAGUGCGAUAAAAUGUUGGAACUAUUAGAUAUGAGACGCGACGUCCAAGAAAUAUACCGUAACACUCCGCACGGCAAACAAGUAAUGAUGUUCAGUGCGACCCUCAGCAAAGAAAUCCGGCCAGUUUGCAAGAAAUUCAUGCAAGAUCCCAUGGAAGUGUACGUUGAUGACGAAGCCAAAUUGACCCUUCACGGUUUACAGCAGCAUUAUGUAAAACUAAAAGAGAACGAAAAGAAUAAAAAGUUGUUUGAGUUACUAGAUGUCUUGGAAUUUAACCAGGUCGUUAUAUUUGUAAAGUCGGUGCAAAGGUGUGUAGCCUUAGCGCAAUUGUUAACAGAGCAAAACUUUCCAGCAAUUGGAAUUCACAGAGGCAUGGACCAGAAAGAGAGAUUGUCUCGGUAUGAGCAGUUUAAAGAUUUCCAAAAGAGAAUUUUGGUAGCAACCAAUCUUUUCGGACGCGGUAUGGAUAUUGAAAGAGUAAAUAUUGUAUUCAACUACGAUAUGCCCGAAGAUUCGGAUACCUACCUACACAGAGUAGCUAGAGCUGGUCGAUUCGGUACCAAAGGAUUAGCCAUUACGUUCGUUUCUGAAGAAGGAGAUGCUAAAAUUCUUAACGAAGUACAAGACAGAUUUGAUGUGAAUAUUACUGAACUACCUGAUGAGAUCGAUUUAAGUUCAUAUAUUGAAGGACGAUAGUUUUUGGAUAACUAUUAAUUUUAGACUUAUGUUUCCUAAUUUUAUAUUUAGAUUGUAAGGCGUUUUAUUUUAUUUGUAUUCUCAAAUAAUUUCUUGUUGAUCACUCGAUGUAAUUAGAAUGUGUAAUAAAUCUUUAAUUUGUA